UCUCUAAUAACGCGUAGAAUAUCCGGCAUUUCUUGUUAUGAUCAUUUGCUGACAGAAGGUCCUUGACAUGAAUUCAAAAAUAUUUGAAUUAUCUGCUCCAUGGCACGACGCCUUAGCAGUCUUGUUGGCGAUCUUUGUAGCAUUUGCGUUAGUGGAGCAAAUUCUCACCCUGAAAAUCCUCUCACGAAGAGAAAAUCGUCGAAAACGGCUGACACCGUAUCUUAUUAACCUGGCAGUCACCAACUUGAUAUUUGUCUGUUCCAACUACACGCUCUCAAUGGCCUCGCACUUAUCACGCAGAUUUGUGUCUAGCAAACCCGUGUGUAUUUUAUUUGGUUAUAUCGCCAGCGCUUCUGUGCUUGUGACUUUUGCUUCACUCACGGCUUGUACAUGCUUGGUAUAUAACGCUACGAAGGAACUGACGAAACAUCUCACCAUAAAGAGGAACAAAGACAUCAAAAUUAUUCUGCUAAUCUGGUUCCUGGCCUUCGCCAUAUUAUCACCGAUGAUCGAGUUUUGGAAUCAAGACAGGUUCCAGCCGGGUACAAGCGGUUGUACACCCAUGCGCUUGCUGCAAACCCCAGAAGACAUUGCCUACUUCGUCGCCCUAACCGUGGUGGCGUUUUCUGCGCCCAUGACAAUCAGCGCAGUUUACAGCGUCAAAAUCUAUUUGUUUUUUGUUCAGGUCAAGCCGUUUCAAAUGAGCCUCGUUCAGCAACGCAAAUACCAAGAGUACAAGAAUGUUUCCAAGAUGAUUAUUGCUUUAGUUGUGGUAUUCGUGUCCUGUUGGAUUCCCUACACCAUUUUCAGCUUAGUGACGCUAAUUGGUCACCUUCCGAGUCCGGAAUUACAAGCACUGCUUUCCUUGCUCACCAAAUCAAGUGUCCUGCACACCCCUAUAAUCUACGCCACCUUUAAUAGCAAGUAAGUAACUACAUAUAUGCCAAUUGUUCCUUGGAUAAGUUAAUAAAUCUUCCUUCGCCGGAGUUUGCAAUAAUAAGCAAGUUUUGUAUUUCUGUGCGACGAUCGGAGAGAAAUUUUAGGUCCUCGAGGUCAGAGGGUUAAAGGCAGUCAAGACAAAGGCGCGCAACCACAAAAUGACAAAAGUUUAUUGUAACUUAAGCUUCAUGAGAAAAUCGCACAUUUUCCUGGGUGGCUUGUGGUACCAGCUCAACAAUUCAAUUACCAGUCGAUGCACUGUUUUCUUCCAUUUUAUUGGCUGAGAGCCCACCACGACCUGCAAAUAAUUGCCAACAUGUAAUGAUCUGCUCAUGCGCAAUGCCAUCUAUGUUUUGCGGCAAAUAAUAUCAUUUCUACUCAUGCGUGAUUGUAACCAGGCUCUUGUGUGAGAAAAUGGUAGAUCGCUUGAAUGUGCUGUCAGAUAUCGUAAUUUAAAUAUGAAGAAAAACUUGGUGAUCGAAUGAGAAAACAAUU